AGAAAACUAUGUAAAUAUGUACAGGUUUUGGUUCCUUUCAAGUAUGUUUAACAAGAAAAACCCAACUACAUUGCUCAAAUAGCCCCAAUACAAUGAUUAAAACUCUCCCACUUUUCUUUGGCAUUGAAUGCAUAUCAACAUCUCACUAUUAUCUAAUCACACUUUACAAUGGAGUCUUGAAACUUUACUAUGUGCACAAGAUUUGAUGUUUACCUGCAUGGGGUCCAUAAAAUAUACCUGUAUUAAUGUAAAAGUUUCAAUUUCUCUGAGGAUAUUGUGAAAGGACGGAUCAUUCAGUUUUUAUUUCAUUGUCAGACUUAUAUAAUUACAUUGUAUAUGAUGAUCCAGCAGGGAAAAGGUAACCUUUAUUUGGUCAAUGACUCAGUGCAAGGGAUAGUUGCAGGAUUAAUAUAUCUUCGGCCAUAAGCAGACAUGGAAAAAGUAGUAUAUUUUGUGCCAGAAAGUUCAGAAAAAGAAACAAAGCACACCAAAAGCACAGAGAGAAGAAAACCUGAAAGGACUGGGGAAGAAGCAAGACAGUUUUAUGAAAAAUUAAUAGCUGAGUCUGUUAAUAGCAAUGAAACCAGGCAAACUUACAAAGUUCCAAAUUUUACGUGUAAUGCAGCUGGAGAAAAUCAUACAACUGAAGGUAAAAUUUCCCAAUCAUCUGGUUUAUUGUUCAGUGAGAGUGAUUUUUUGAAAGCAGCUCAAAAUGGGGACAUUAGAGUUGUGAGGAAGUGUAUAAAGAGUGGAAUAGAGAUAAAUUGUGUGGAUUCAUAUGGAUGGACGGCUCUUAUGUGUGCAAGUCACAGUGGAAAUGAGCAGGUGGUUUCAUAUCUCCUCAAAAAGGGAAUAAAUAGACAUAUACUGGACAGGAAAAGAAGAGAUGCUGUGUGCAUAGCUAGGAAAGCAGGACAUACAAAUCUAGCUGAUUUCAUCAAUACGUUUGACGGUAGCAGAGUGAAAUGUGGUCGUCAAGAUAAACAGCAGACAGAAACCGUGGAAUUUUUCUGUGAUGUGUGUAAAAAAAAUAUUUUUCAAACUGAUGGAGAAAAUCACGAAACGUCAACUGUUCAUUUGUUUAAUAGGAAAUUAAAGCCUAAACCUGAUAGUUUUCUUAUUCCGCCAGGCAAUAGGGGCUACCAGCUUAUGUUAAAAAGCGGAUGGGACGGAGAAAAAGGUUUAGGGUCAAGGGGUCAGGGACAAAGAUACCCUGUGAAAACUGUGCUGAAAAGGGAUAGGCAGUGUUUAGGAGGAGAAAUGGAGAAGGCUACUAGAAAACAAGCCAAAGUGACACAUUUUGGACCAUUUGAUCAUAAUGCAAUUGAAAAAUAUGGAGAAAGAAAACCAAGAACUUCAACACUUAAUAAAAGAGAUAAAAGGAAGCAAGAAAAAAAAUCCCAAGUUUGGGAGAGAAAUUUAAGAGAGGAGAUGAAUGAUUUGUUUUGAGAUUUCUUCCAAAAAUUGUGCAAUAAAAUGUUUUAUGGUGUCUUAAA